GAAUAAAAUUCGAAUACCUUGUUUGUAUUUUUUUUUUAAAUAUAAUUUUUACUUUUUUUUGGCCAUUCUUUAAUUAAUUCAAAUAUUCGGCCAUGCGAUUGUUGUUUAUCUCGUUGUUUGCAUUCGUUUUGGCCACCACCACCACCACUACCGUUUAUGGUUUUGGCGAUAUUUUUCGAUCAAUUUCAUCAUGUCCACCUGAACCACAACAAUGUUAUAAUGUUAAACCACAAGAUGAAUUUAAAAAUAUGAUCUGCUUCGCUAACAUUGUAUCCGAAGUUGAAUUUGUCAAUCAAGAUGGAUGUUUAACAUUGAAAUCAUUUGAUGUUAAACAUGGUUCAGAUAAUAUGAAAACAAUUCAAACUCCUCAAAUUGCAGCACGAUUUGAAUGUCCAGAUUCCAUAAAUUUUAAUGAAAAAUAUUGUUUAAUAAUGGAUAAGAAAAAUUUUGAUGACCAAAAAUUACUUACAUUGGAUCAUGUUGCAAUGUUAUCAUUGGGUCCUUGUGAUGAUCUAAGUAAAUGUUCAGCUGUACGAGCUUCGAAUUCCGAUGUUUCAACCAAUCCAUUAAGUUCAAUAGCUGCCAAUAUUCAAUCAACUGUUCAAAAUGUUGGUGAACAAGUUCAACAAUUGGUCAGUGGUCAACAAACAACACAGCCAGAAACAUCACAAUCAUUGCCCGUUCAACAAUUAUCCCCAGAUCAACAGUUGAAUUCUCAAGAUCAAACACAACCGCAAAAAUUUGAUGCCACGAUACAACCGCCAGCAGUUCAACCAUCGGGAACAACAAAUUUAACUCGUGAUGCUGCAAUUGCAUUACUACAACAAUUAAUUGCCAACGGUAAUCAGGCUACAAUUACACGUAAUGCGCCAAAUUAUUUGCCAUCUCCGGUUGCAGCUUUGGCAGAUUAUCCACAUAGCCAGAAAGAUAUUUCAUAUGCACAUAACAAUAUCUAUACAAAACCUCCAGGAUUAUUGACUACCGGUUAUUUUGAUGCCAAAUAUAAGCUGUAUAGUCAAGUGCCCGAUGUCUAUCCUGAUCAAGGCUAUAAUCGUGUUAACUCUAAAGGACCCAAAUACAAUCCACCCAAAUUACUCAAAAUUAAUUAUGAAAUCACUAAAAAUGCUAAUCAUUCGCCACAGAGAGUUUACGCGCCACCGCCUCGACCAGCGUAUCCGGCUCCAGCAUCCCCACCACCAGCCUACCCCCAAGUUUCUUCAUAUCGAAGAUCAAUCGAUCAUUCCAAUGAAGCAUCAAUUGAUAGCAGAAAUUAUAAUGUACCAGCAGUAGUUUAUAUACCACCACCACCACCUUAUGCCCCACAACCCACUUAUUCCCCACCGCCGCCACCACCACCAUCUUAUACCAAACUUCCUGCUUACACACCUACCAUUACUAGUUUUGUUCCUGCUGCUCCUGCACCAAAACUUGUCUAUUCUAAAAAAAUAGAAUCGUACAACCUUACGGCUCCCAUUUUGCCAACAUAUGGACCUAUGGCUCCAGUCGCAAUCGGAUAUUCAGCGCCAUCAUCAUACAAACGAUCAUUGAUUCGAAAAUUCCCAUUAUUCCGUGGUUCGAACUUGUUCGAGGAUUAUUACGCAUCAUCAUACAACGUCAGCGAUGUUUGCUCAAACAAACCGACCUCAUGUCCAACAUGUUUCGAUAAUAUCGAUGAUGAAUUUGAAGGCAUCUGCGACUACAGCCAUGUUUUCGAAACCAAAUUUGAUGAACUAGAAAAUAGUUUCAAAUUUAACGUUACAAAAGAGCUCAAAUCAAACGAUGAUCAACAAUUGAACAAAAAUUAUGAAUUCGUCUUGAACGAAAAAUGUUUGGAAACAUGUCCACAAAUGGAAACAGCUUCUGGUUUGUUAAUGUUUGUCAAACAAACACCAAAAGAUGAUUGCUUCUUGUUCGAUGACAAUGUUGUUAUUGUUCCAUCUACAUACAUGAACCGAUUCGAUGCAAAAACAUUGCUCAAAAAACAUAAAUGUCAUUGAAUUGAAUAAAAAAAGAAGGAAUAAUUUUUUGUUAUUUA